AUGUUAUUAAUAAAGAGAUGAAAAGCAGCAAUUCGACCUGUUGCCAUUUUCACAGCUAACCUGGACCUGUGACUACACCGGGCUCAGACCAGCUUUACCUGGCAGCCUCUCUGAGGCAGAACUGGUUUGUAAAAGGGAAGGGCCCUGGGUCAAAUUCAAGAGUAACAAGUAAUAGGAUAGAUCUCUCAAACUGAUUUAGAUCCCAAAGCCCGGAGUCUAGGAUCUGCCAGUAUCUGGAGCUCUUUUAGUUUUGAAGGCGGUUCCUUCUCGCAUCAGGCAGAAGAUGCAAAAGGCAACGUGUGGUCCCUGAGUGGCUCAGUAAAAUCCUCUCCCUUCUCUUGGCGGCACUUUGGUUUUUUAUAGAGGAUCACUGCGGAAAGGGAGCUUGGCCCUGGAGCUUCUGAGACUCUUCACCUGGAAGCCAGAAAGCUAGAGACUCCGUGGAAGGGUGGGGAGGGAGGGGGUUAAGGGUCGGGCGGCAGAGACUUUGUGUAGCCGCCAGAGAAAGUUCCGCACAGCGUGGGGUCUCCUCCACUAAGAGUCCCGAAAGAGGAAGCUGUGGAGGCUUCAUCCGGCCCCCGUAACCCCAAAGCUUCACUACCUUAAACCGAGAAAAAAAUAAGCUGCGCUCCUCCUGCCUCCUUCCAAGGCGGGGAAGGAGGCCGGGUGAAGAGCCGGGUGACGGUCCCAAGUAACGGAUCGCCGGGCCACAAGGGACCACGCUGCGGCCUGGCUUCGGGCGCCCGCGGGAGGACCGGCCUGUCGCGCGGGGCUGCGGCGAGGGGCCCCGGGGUCCGCGGCCGGGGCUGGAGCCGAGACGCGGGGGCGCAGGACGAGCGCGCGCCGCAGAAGACCACGCGGUUGGGUCUCCCAGGCGCCCCCGCCCCCGGCCGAGCAGCAGCCCGCGCCCCCCGCGCCCCCGCCGCGACCGCAGCACCGCCUACCCGCGGUCCUCUUCCCCCCACCACGCGAGAUGGACGCCCCUGCACUCACGCUAGCCUUCGUCCCGUUCGGGGUCGCGGCAGGGACCGCGCCAGCCCGGCUGCGCGCGCGGAUCCCCAGGGCCCGGAGGCCGCGGCUCGCGGGCGGCUUCGGCCAAGCGUCCAGCCAGGCACUUUAGGGGGACGGGGGCGGCGAUACCCCGGCCGGCUCCCGCCUUCUGGCCUCCAUCAGCGCGGCCCCGAGGGCUGCGGAGUUACUCAUUUCCUGGAAGUCACAGAAACUUUUUCCUCCUUAUAAGAACAAAACACCCGCCUCUACUCCUGGCUGCGGAAGCUUCUUAAGGAGGACCAGGAAAAGAGUGAAAAACUAGCGCUGGAAGAAACUGCCUAUGAAGAAAUCGAAAGGGAUUUUCAGGAUGUUCUCAGUGAACUUUCAGGGGACAAAAGUCUGGAUAAAUUUCGAAUUGAAUAUGAGAAGCUUCAUGCUGUCAUGAAAAAGUCUUAUGACAAUGAAAAGCGUCUGAUGGCCAAAUGCAGAGAGCUAAACGCAGAGAUUGUAGUUAAUUCCGCGAAGGUCGCCACUGCCCUGAAGCUCUCCCAGGAUGAUCAGACCACCAUUGCGUCCCUGAAAAAGGAAAUUGAAAAGGCCUGGAAGAUGGUGGACUCGGCCUAUGACAAAGAGCAGAAGGCAAAGGACACGAUCCUUGCCCUGAAAGAGGAAAUAGUGAACCUCACCAAACUAGUGGAGCAGGGGUCUGGACUGUCCAUGGACCAGGAUAGCAAUAUCCGAGAUUUACUGAAGUUCAAAGAAGAAGUGACCAAGGAGCGAGACCAGCUCUUGUCAGAAGUGGUGAAAUUACGAGAGUCCUUAGCUCAGACCACUGAACUGCAACAGGAAACAGAGCGAAGCAGAGAAGAGGCGGAGCAGACCAUCAGUCAGUUCCAGCAAGAAAUCCAGCAACGUCAGAACGAAGCUUCACGGGAGUCUCGGAAGAAGGAAAAACUAGAGAAGGAGCUCAGGCAGGUCCAGAUGGACAUGGACACCAGGCAGACAGAAAUUAAGGCCCUCCAGCAGUACGUGCAGAAGAGCAAGGAGGAGCUUCAGAAGCUGGAGCAGCAGCUGAAGGAGCAGAAGAUAUUGAAUGAAAGAGCCGCAAAGGAACUGGAGCAGUUUCAGAUGAGAAAUUCUAAACUUCAGCAAGAGAAUGAACAACACAGUUUGGUUUGCGAGCAGCUAUCCCAGGAAAACCAACAGAAGUCUUUGGAGCUCAAAGCCAAAGAGGAGGAAGUCCAUCAGAUGCGGGUUGACAUUGGGAAGCUCAACAAAAUCAGAGAACAAAUCCAUAAGAAACUGCACCAGAUUGAAGAUCAAAAGUUAGAAGUGGAACAGCACAGGGAAACUCUAAAAAAUCAGAUCUUGGGAUUAGAGAGAGAGGUGGAGGCUUCAAAGAAACAAGCAGAACUUGAUAAGAAAGCGAUGGAUGAGCUUCUGAGAGAAAGGGACAUACUAAAUAAGAAUAUGCUUAAGGCGGUCAGUGCGACCCAGAAGCAGAUAGACCUGGUAAAGCUCCAUGAGCAAGCCAAGAGGAACCUGGAGGAAGAAAUCCAGAACUACAAAGAUGAGGCUCAGAAGCAGAGAAAGAUCAUCUUUCAGCUGGAAAAGGAGCGAGAUCGGUACAUCAAUGAAGCCAGUGAGCUUACCCAAAAGGUCCUCAUGAACAUGGAAGACAUAAAAAUCCGUGAAAUGCAGAUUUUUGACUACAGGAAAAAAAUUGCUGAAUCAGAGACUAAGUUAAAACAACAACAGAACCUGUAUGAAGCCGUGAGGUCAGACAGAAAUCUGUAUAGCAAAAAUCUGGUUGAGGCUCAGGAUGAAAUAACAGAAAUGAAGAGAAAAUUGAAGAUUAUGACCCAUCAGGUAGAUCAGCUGAAAGAAGAAAUCUCAGCCAAAGAGUCAGCCCUUGUGAAGCUGCACCUGGAACAGCAGCGGAUAGAAAAGGAGAAGGAAACUCUGAAGGCUGAGCUGCAGAAGCUAAGACAACAAGCUCUGGAGACCAAACACUUCAUUGAAAAGCAGGAAGCGGAAGAGAGAAAACUCCUGCGAAUCAUCGCUGAGGCUGAUGGGGAGAGGCUGAGACAGAAGAAGGAAUUAGACCAGGUCAUCAGCGAGAGAGAUAUCCUCGGGUCUCAGCUUGUCCGGCGUAAUGAUGAGUUGGCUUUGCUCUACGAGAAGAUCAAGAUCCAACAGUCUGUGCUGAAUAAAGGCGAGAGCCAGUACAACCAGAGGGUGGAGGACAUGAGAAUUCUCAAACUUGAGAUUAAGAAACUCCGCAGAGAAAAGGGGAUUCUUGCCAGGAGUGUGGCUAAUGUCGAUGAACUCAGGCAGGAGCUUUUCCACAUGCAAAGAGAAUUCUUGAAGGAGAGGACACGAUGUCGAGCCCUGGAGGAGGAGCUAGAGAACCCCAUGAACGUGCACAGAUGGAGAAAGCUUGAGGCCAGUGACCCCAGUACCUUUGAGCUGAUACAGAAGAUCCACACCCUGCAGAGACGUCUCAUCAGCAAGACGGAAGAGGUGGUUGAGAAAGAGCUUCUCCUGCAGGAAAAGGAGAAACUGUAUGUGGAGCUGAAGCACAUCCUGGCUCGACAGCCUGGUCCCGAGGCUGCCGAGCAGCUACAGAUCUAUCGCCACACACUGCGGGAAAAGACAAAACAGCUGAAAGUUUUGUCUUCAGAGCUGAAUAUGUAUGAAUCACAGAGCCAAGAAUAUAAAUACGAGAUCGAGAAACUUACCAAUGAACUGAUGAACUUGAAGAAGAAAUACCUAGCCCAGAAACGUAAAGAAUACAUUCAGAAAAAUAAGGACAGAGUACCCAUGGAUAACACCUUCUCAAUGGCCAAGCCAACUGGCCCUCGUUUUACUGGGGGUGGAUUUCCCCUCAACAGACCAUCCCAAGUGAAGUCCUAGCCCGAAGCUCUUGGCUGGGUGCAUUGAACAGCUCAUGACAUUCGCUUUGGAACAUUUUGAGGAAUCUCUUUCAAAUGUCUUGGAUCCCAAAUAUUUAGAGAAAUCAGUGCUCAAAUUCCAGGAUAAAAAGAAAUGCAAAACUAUCAUCAUCAUGUCCAUUUUAGAGUGAUGACAUUCUACUUGGUCCUCAUGGCUAUUAACAGACUGUAAUUAUAUCAUUCAAUUAAGCUAAUGCAUUGCAAAAAGCCAAUGUUUUGUGACUACCACACUGAUUGAUUUGAAAGGCACCACAUUGCCAAGCACUCGGUAGCGAUGAAAUUUUGGAUCUGAAUUUCUCUAUUAUAAACAUUGGUGUAUAUGCUUUACAUUUAAAAAUAUUUUCAAAAUGCAGUGCGUUUCUUAUUAAUAAGAAUCUAUUAAUUAUUCCUCAUUAACAAGUCAUGGCAUGAGGUGAGAAAAAAAAAGGACAAACUCUCAAAUAUUUAAAACGUGUUUUGAGAAUGAAUUCUAUGUGGAAUUUCUUUUCAGGCCUGGGGUAUGAAAAUCUAUUCCAAAGAGACAUACUAAAAAAUACUUCAUCCUAAAAAAUAAAAAAGAACCUUUGUAGAGA